AUGGGAGAGGAUGCAGGGCCAGGUACGGCACCGCCUGUAGAAAUGCGCGAUCCUGUCACUGGAAAAAUGGUCCUUAUGACGAAAUCUGCAGCUAAGAAGUUAGCUCGUCGUGAACGGCGCGAACAGAAGAAAGAAUCGACAAAGCUGGAGCGCCGAACACGAGAACGGGCGAGGCGAAAAGAGCGCCGAAAGCAGGAGCGUGAGGCGAGAGAAAAGGAUCCAUCUUUGGAAGUUCAUCGUGAGCGAAAGCCGCCUGCACAGGUAUUUGACGCGCGCGUUGUUGUUGAUUUGGGAUUCGAUGAUCUUAUGACCGUGGAUGAGACUACUUCUCUCGCCGCUCAGUUAGGGUACUUGUACGGUGUGAAUCGUUCUAGUUCCCAUCCUUUUCGGGAAGUGGUAUUCACUGGGGCCGACCGCAUAUCGGGACGCGGUUUGGGAUUUUUUCCCCCCGAAGGAGGAGCAAACACUUUUCCCAGCAUGCCCAGCACCAGUGAGUCGUCUCUCUUUCAGGAUCGCGUGGGACAGCAUAUGGAAGUAAAGAGCGUUGGGAUGUGGCGCCGAUGGAAGCGCAUAAAGCUACAAGAGUAUGGCGGGCUCGAAGCCCUUUGGCACGGUCACAAGGACCAGUUACCCGUAUGCGACAAGCAGGAUGUCAUAUAUCUCACGGCUGAUACAGACGAUACCAUCGCGACACUGGAACCUGGCAAAACAUAUGUAAUUGGUGGUAUCGUGGACCGAAACAGAUACAAGCAUCUUUGCGCCAAAAAGGCCGAAGCUCUGGGUGUACGUGUCGCCCGCCUGCCCAUCGAUCCCUCCUUCCUGGAUGGGCAAAAGAUCAAUGCACGCAAAGUACUUACCGUCAACCAAGUUUUUGCGAUUUUGGUAGGAUGGACGGAGACGCGCGAUUGGACAGCAGCCUUGAAGCGUGGGCUUCCCACGCGAAAAUUCGAAAACGAAGAGAGUUCCUAG